CCCACCACCACUCGUCAACCGCACCAACCCAACUUCCACACACUCCUUACUUUCUUUUCUUCUCUCGCCUGUUUGAGCACAAAGCUCGGACUUCUCUACGACUCCUCCUCGGCACCUGGAAAAUACCCCCCCCCCCUUUCUGCCAAUCCGCACGACCAAUCUGCAAACGAAUCCCUACCCCCUGACGAAACACGAACUUUCGCAAUAACCAACCCUUCUCCCAUCGCAAUGGCUCCCGCUAAGAACGCCUCUGGCGACAAGUACAGCAUCAUCCUGCCCACCUACAACGAGCGCCGCAACCUGCCCAUCAUCACCUGGCUGCUCAACCGCACCUUUACCGACGCCAAGCUCGACUGGGAACUCAUCAUUGUCGACGAUGGCUCGCCCGACGGCACCCAGGAAGUAGCCAACCAGCUCGUCAAGGCCUACAGCCCGCACGUCCUGCUCAAGCCUCGCGCCGGCAAGCUUGGUCUCGGCACGGCCUACGUCCACGGCCUGCAGUUCACCACGGGCAACUUUGUCAUCAUCAUGGACGCCGAUUUCAGCCACCACCCCAAGUUCAUCCCCGAGAUGGUUGCCGUCCAGAAGAAGGCCAACUACGACAUUGUCACCGGCACCCGCUACGCUGGCAACGGCGGUGUCUACGGCUGGGACCUCAAGCGCAAGUUUGUCAGCCGCGGCGCCAACCUGUUUGCCGACACUGUCCUGCGCCCUGGCGUCAGCGACUUGACGGGCUCGUUCCGUCUCUACAAGAAGAGCGUCCUGCAAAAGGUCAUCUCGAGCACCGAGAGCAAGGGCUACACCUUCCAGAUGGAGAUGAUGGUCCGCGCCAAGGGCAUGGGCUGCACUGUCGCCGAGGUUCCUAUUUCGUUCGUCGACCGUGUCUACGGCGAGAGCAAGCUCGGUGGUGACGAGAUUGUCGAGUAUGCCAAGGGCGUCUUCUCGCUCUGGCUCAAGGUUUAAAAAGACCACGCGCACACGGUGUAGUACCAGGAGCAAGGAACUUUGAUGACUCGUUUUUUUUAUUUUGCACGGAGGAGACGUGAAAGGGCAGCGUUCCAAGGCCGGAGCUGCCGCAUGUAUGUACAUUGGGAUGCAGUUGUAAUCUUUUGUAGCGUAGCGCCGCACACAACCCAGCGGGUUGCCUACCAAAAACUUAAUUCAAAAAGCUCAUAAUCUCCC